CGGCGGCGGCGGGACGAGCAGCAGCAGCAGCAGCAGCAGCUACCAGCCCCCGGUGCCGCGGCCCUGCCACACGAGUCCCACGAGCCGCCAACCCCGUCGCCCUCGGCGCUGCCUGACCCCGCGGGUGCGUCCGCCAGCCGACAGCCCCGGCAGAGCCCCCAGUUGUCCUCCGACUCGCCCUCGGCCUUCCGCGCCAGCCGCAGCCUCGCCGCAUCGCCGCCCGCAGCCUUAGCCCAGCCCUAGGCGCCGCCCGGUCCCCGGCUCCUGCGGCAGCGGCUCCAGGCAGUCCCUGCGCCGACACCCUGGAGGGUGGGAUGCUCUUGUCCAAAAUCAACUCGCUUGCCCACCUGCGCGCCGCGCCCUGCAACGACCUGCACGCCCCCAAGCUGGCGCCCGGCAAGGAGAAGGAGCCCCUGGAGUCGCAGUACCAGGUGGGCCCGCUGCUGGGCAGCGGCGGCUUCGGCUCCGUAUACUCAGGCGUCCGUGUCGCCGACAACUUGCCGGUGGCCAUCAAGCACGUGGAGAAGGACCGGAUUUCCGACUGGGGCGAGCUGCCCAAUGGAACCCGGGUGCCCAUGGAAGUGGUGCUGCUGAAGAAGGUGAGCUCGGGCUUCUCGGGCGUCAUCCGGCUCCUGGACUGGUUCGAGAGGCCCGACAGUUUCGUGCUGAUCCUGGAGCGGCCGGAGCCGGUGCAGGACCUCUUCGACUUCAUCACGGAGCGGGGGGCCCUGCAGGAGGAGCUGGCCCGCAGCUUCUUCUGGCAGGUGCUGGAGGCCGUGCGGCACUGCCACAGCUGCGGGGUGCUCCACCGCGACAUCAAGGACGAGAACAUCCUCAUCGACCUCCACCGCGGCGAGCUGAAGCUCAUCGACUUCGGGUCGGGGGCGCUGCUCAAGGACACCGUUUACACGGACUUUGACGGGACCCGAGUGUAUAGUCCUCCAGAGUGGAUCCGCUACCAUCGCUACCACGGCAGGUCGGCCGCGGUCUGGUCCCUGGGGAUCCUGCUGUAUGACAUGGUCUGUGGAGAUAUUCCUUUUGAGCACGAUGAGGAGAUCGUCAGGGGCCAAGUUUUCUUCCGGCAGAGGGUCUCUUCAGAGUGUCAGCAUCUCAUUAGAUGGUGCUUAGCCCUGAGACCAUCCGAUCGGCCAUCCUUUGAAGAAAUCCAGAAUCAUCCGUGGAUGCAAGAUGUGCUCCUGCCCCAGGAAACUGCUGAGAUCCAUCUCCACAGCCUGUCGCCAGGGCCCAGCAAAUAGCAGCCUUUCCAGCAGGUCCUCCCCUCCUGGCAGAUGCUCCAGGGAGGGGGAGAUUUUGUACCAGUGACACUUCUCACCAAGCAGCACAGUGCUUGAUACAGGAACAACAUUUACAACUCAUUCCAGACCCCAGGCCCCUGGAGGGGCCUCGGACAGGGGAAAAGAAAUUCCUCUGGGUGUCCUAGGCCUCAGUUCCUCGUAGAUGCUCUCUCCUUCUCAUAGGUGUGCAGCCAGCAUUGCUGGACUCCGCAAAAUCCCGGGGGUGGGGAGGGUGGGGGAGGGGGUGGGGGUCAGAGCCCUGUCAUGGAACUGUUCCCUUCACUGAAUGCCGUGAUGGUCAGGUUAGGGGAAAACGGGUUGGGGAUAGGACUAGCACCAUUUUUUAAGUCCCUGUCACCUCUUCCUUGACUCUUCUGAGUGCCUUCUGUGGGGACUCCGGCUGUGCUGGGAGAAAUACUUGAACUUGCCUCUUUUACCUGCUGCUUCUCCAAAAAUCGGCCCGGGUUUGGUUUUCCCUGUUUUUCUCUCCCGCCCCCUUCUCCCCACCCUUCAUAAGAAAGGUGCCAUGGAAGAGGCUACAGGGCCAAACGCUGAGCCACCUGCCCUUUUUCUGGUCUUCCUUUUUGGUUUUUACUUCACUGUUUCAAAGCCAAGACCUCACACACACAAAAUGCACAAACAAUGCAAAAUCAACAGAAAAACUGUAAAUGUGUGUACAGUUGGCAUGAUAGUGUACAAAAGGAUUGUAGUUGAUCUAAUUUUAAAAAAUUUUUGCCUUUAAGUUAUUUUACCUGUUGUUCUUUUUUAGUUUUGUUUUUUGGGGUUUUUUUGUUUUUUGUUUUUUGGUUUUUUUUUUUGAAAGAUGCGCAUUUCUAACCUGGAGGUCAACGUUAUGUAUUUAUUUAUUUAUUUAUUUGGUUCCCUUCAGCUCCAAGCUUCCACGGCUGCUGCCAUAGUUUUCUUUUCCUCCUCUAACUUGGGGACCUUUUGGGGGACGGCUACAACACUUGCUCUGUUCUUAGGGUGAUGGGGCUCAGGCGGGACUGCUGCAGGCCCCUCUUGCCUGCUUACCCAAGUGGGUGGGUUCUGUGGGGAGGGGAGUUACCGACUUGUGUAUAUAGGGUAGAUAGCUGGAAACCAGUUCUGGACAGUGUGCCUUCCGGAUCCUCUCUGGGGCUGUGUUUUGAGCAGCACGUAGCCUGCUGGUUUUACUGAGUGAAAUACUGUACAGGGGAAUAAAAGAUAAUCUUAUUUUUUUUUUUUAUACCUGGCGUUUUUUGAAUAAAAACCUUUUAUCUUAA